AUGGCUGAGUAUGCGGCUUGCAUUGUCGAAAUGGAAGCUCUUCGAGAAUUGGGGGAGGAACAUUUGAAGCCUUAUCAACAAUACUUGGAGGACUUGACCAAGACCUUUGACAAGAUUGAGUACAUGAUCAUCCCUAGAGCUCAAACUCAAUUUGCGGAUGCCUUAGCUACCUUAGCCUGCAUGGUUGAAAUACCCAAGGGAGUAUGGACACGACCCUUGGAGAUUGAGCAAAGUUAUGAGGAAGUGCACAAAAGGAAGACUGAAGCUUCAGUAAUGACCAUAGAGGAAGAGGAAGCCCCGUGGUACUAUGGCAUCAUGAAGUACUUGGAACUAGGGGCAUAUCCGGAUGGUGCCGACAAGAGAGAACAUUGUUCCAUUAGAAUGAUGGCAACAUAA